CCCUCUAUCUUCCUUCUUUUCCCUCUAUCUUCCCUCUUUCCCUCUAUCUUCCUUUUUUUCCCUCUAUCUUCCCCGAAGCUCUUUUCUCCGAAGCCCUCUUUCUCUCUCUCUCACUGCUAUGUUGCCUCUGCCAGGCCCAAACGACCAUCAUCCCAUCGCCGGAGCAGUACACGCGCCAGCCCAAUCGAACCGUCGGCCCUCGAAACGUCGACCCCCGUGAGCUCACCACCACACGCGCUGCACAGGGUUGUUGACCAAUGAGAGAUGCUUUUUCUCGUACAACUAAGAAGAGGUGUUGGUUUCUUUCUUCUGACAACAUAAAGUCUUUUGUUUGUAUGGAUUUUAGAUGUCCAAGAAGAGCAAUAGGUGAGCAAGAAGCGAGGAACAGUCAUUUUUUAAGAUGGCACUCCAUCAACAAGGGGAGGACGGUCCAAUGCUUGCUAUUGAUUGGAAGAGACGCACUCUUCUCUCAGUCCUCCCCUCUGUCCGAGCACCACCACCGCCCCCUGUCUGAGACCUCCCUCCCUCUCUCUGACUCUCACUUGUACUGUUGGGCUACGGGGAAGGAACAGGUCAGAGGCUCCAACACAGGUACUCUCUUUCGUUCUCGCUCUCUUUGUCACUCUCUGUGUCUUGCUGGUGGCGGCACUCUCUGAAGCCAAUGUGGUGGCCAUUGGUGUCGACGAAGCUAAGGGCCUUUGGGUGUGCAUUGGCUCAUGGUUGGGGUCGAGGCGUGUGAUGGCGAUACACAUGGUGGUGGUGGUUCAUAGUGGGGCUGUGAGGUUCGUGGGUUUGACCCCGGCAGAGAGUUUUGCCACUGAUGGGGUUUGAACACGGCAUGGAUUUCAUGACAGGUUUUCAAAUUUUUGAUGUUCUUAAGUUUGUUAUGUUGUUUUAUGAAUUUUUUUUAAUGGUAUAUGUUUCAGAUUUCACAUAUUUCAGAUUUAUGAUGUUCUUAAGUUUAUUGUGUUGUUUAAUAAAUUAUUUUAAUGGGAUUUGUUUUUGGA